AAGAAGAACAGAGAAGAAAAGAAGAAGAACAGAUAAGGAGAUUAGAAGAAGAGAGAAGGAGAAGAGAAGAAGAGAGAAGGAUAGAAGAAGAACAGAGAAGGAUAGAAGAACAGAGAAGGAUAGAAGAAGAACAGAGAAGGAUAGAAGAAGAACAGAGAAGGAUAGAAGAAGAAGAGAGAAGGAGAGAAGAAGAGAGAAGGAGAGAAGAAGAGAGAAGGAGAGAAGAACUCGUGGAUUCGUGGAUCGUGGGACUAAAAACAGCAAAUUUAAAGCACACGCAUAUUGUACAUCAAACGAAAAUGAACUCAGAUUACUUCCCAACAAAUGAAAUAAAAAACGCAGACAUUAAUAAAGAUGAAGAAAAACUAUCGUCGCGUAAAUUCAGUGAAAACAGAAACUCGAAUCAUUCAAUCAGCAGAAGUGAAGACACUAAAAGCGAUGAUAUUAAGAUUAGAGGUGGACGCCAAGUGACAUCAACGUCUCCUUACGGGAUAUGUCAAAAAAAAUUUAAUCGUUCGUAUAUACCAAACAUUGAAAAAAGUGUUGAAGACAUUACGCGUGAAAUGAACCAUAUCUCCAUAUCGGACCGCCACGAAAUAAAUGAAAUCUUAGACGUAGUAUCUAAGGAACUAAAAAGACCAGGUUCCAAUUAUUGGAGAAAACCCAAUGUAGAAGAACUACGUAAGACUUUAACGAAUAACCCCUCAGACUAUGGACCCUGCAUAGUAGAAAUAUGUCAUUCAGUCAAACAUGUCAAGGGCUACAGGCCUAGAAAUACCCAGCUGGUGUCACUUUGUCUCUUGAUUAAAUCAUCAUUCCAUGAGGGCCGCUUGUUGGAAAUAAAAACAGGAGAAGGAAAGUCCUGUAUCGUAGCAAUGUUUGCAGUGUUUCUAGCACUGUCGGGAAGAUCAGUUGAUAUCAUUACCAGCUCGCCAAUUCUAGCAGUAAGAGAUUCUGUAGAAUGGCGUGACUUUUACAAGCAAUUUAAACUUGAAGUUGGAUGCAAUUUAAUCCCCAAGGAAAAUGAAGAUCGUCUAAAAUGUUACAAAAACCCAGUUGUCUACGGAACAGUGGGAUCCUUCGCGUCUGACAUUCUCAGGCAAGAGUUUUUAAUGGAAGAUGUGCGUGGUGCCAGGAAAUUUGAUGCAGUAAUUGUAGAUGAAGUUGACUCGAUGCUACUCGACCAAGGAGUCAAUUUUACCUAUCUUUCGAGUCCUGCCCCAGGGAUGCAUCAUAUCCAACCAAUACUUUUGAUGAUUUGGAAUGAGGUCAUACGUCAUCCGGUAGUUCGAUCAAAUCUGGAUCGAAAUUACUUCGUUGGAAAGCAAGAACUACUCCAUGUCGUACUGUCAAACAUGAAGAAGCUAAUCGAAUUCGACCCCCUGGACAUUUUGGGUUUUCUAGAAGAAGAUGGUGUCCUGCGAAAGGGCUUCACUGAAGAUGUAAAAGAACAAGUCCUCAUGGAUCAAACCAAAACGGGUUUCUUCCGAAAUGAAAUGACCAAAGAGAAAAUGUUAAAGUGCUUGCGGCAUGUAGAAUCUAAGUUUCAUAUGUCAAUAGAAUUGUUUGAGAUGUACGACGGAUCAACAAUUCAUAAGGUUAACAAAGAUCCUGAUCCUGGGGAGAUCCUGGGAGAUCCUGGGGAGCAAGCUCGUCAUCAGUUACUGAUUGUUGGCGAAGGAUUGGUUUGUGUACUGUACCAGAACAAGAAGACGUUAUGUGAACACAUCAAAGAAAAAAUUAAAAGAAUCCUGACUACUGGAUGCCAAGAUGAAGGGGAAUGUGACUAUGAAUUUCCAUCCUAUCUAUCGGAAUUUGUUUACAGUAGACUUCCUAAAUGGAUUGAUAACGCAUUCAUUGCCCUUUCUGUGGUGUAUUUUCUAAAUAAUAAUCAACUACACUAAACCAUGUGCUUUGAUGCUCGUCUCUUUAUUACACAC